AUGAUUGCGCAGUAUGCAUUUCUACUAUUCUUCGCCUGCUGGCUGAUAUCGCCCAAGACCAUCGUCUCAGAUGCGUGUGCUUCUUAUUCUACCCUAGAGGAUCUGAACCGCAAGGUCAGACCAGCCGUCGAGGACCUGACUCACUCGACCGACUUCUUCUCUCACUACCGACUCAAUCUAUUCCACAAGACAUGCCCGUUCUGGAACGACGAGGAUGGUAUGUGUGGCAACAUCGCCUGCGCCGUGCAAACCCUUGACAAUGAGGAGGACAUACCCGAGGUAUGGCGAGCCCACGAGCUGGGGAAGCUGGAAGGCCCAUUGGCGAAACACCCGGGCAAGACAGUACAGCGGGAGCGCCCUGAGCGACCUCUCCAAGGCAAGCUAGGCGAGGAUGUCGGAGAAAGCUGUGUGGUCGAGUACGACGACGAGUGCGACGAGCGCGACUAUUGUGUCCCGGAGGAUGAAUCCGCCACAUCAAAGGGCGAUUACGUCUCACUGCUCCAGAACCCUGAGAGGUUCACUGGCUACGCGGGCAUGGGCGCGCAACAGGUCUGGAACGCCAUCUACCGAGAAAACUGCUUUCAGAAGAGCUCGUUCCCUCAUACUGCCGCACUGGGCCAGUCUUCGCCAGCCCACGGCCCAGCUGCGCUAGACUUCAAGCAGGUAAUUGAGGCCGCUGGCCGCCAACAGCUGCUUGAGGAGCACCGCGAGCAGAGCCCCAACACGCCAUUCGUUGCGAACACGGGUCUUGAAGCGGAGGACGAGUGUGUCGAGAAGCGAGUCUUCUACAGGGUCGUAUCUGGAAUGCACACCAGCAUCAGCACGCACCUUUGCUGGGAUUGGAUGAAUCAGACCACAGGCCAGUGGCAGCCCAAUCUGCAAUGUUACUUGCAUCGUCUGCACAAGUUCCCCGAGCGCAUCAGCAACCUGUACUUCAACUAUGCUCUGCUCACUCGCGCAAUCGCCAAGCUGGGUCCUCAUCUCCAGGACUACACCUUCUGCACGGGUGACCCGGACCAAGACGCUACCACGAAAGGAAAGGUCCUCGCUGUGACGCAAGCCUCCUCGUCCGUACCUGAGAUCUUUGAUGAGAGCCUGAUGUUCAAGAACGGCGAGGGCCCCUUUCUCAAGGAGGAUUUCAAGAACCGAUUCCGCAACGUGAGCCGUCUGAUGGAUUGCGUCGGGUGCGACAAGUGCCGGCUAUGGGGCAAGCUGCAGACAGCGGGGUAUGGCACGGCGUUGAAGGUCCUUUUCGAGUUCGAUAACGACAGCGACGACAUCCCGAUUCUUAAGCGGACGGAGCUGGUGGCGCUGUUCAACACGUACGCGCGACUGACCUCAAGUCUGGAUUCGAUACAAAAAUUCAGAUCGAUGGCUGCGGAGCUGGAACCGAAAGAGACAGAGGUGCCUCAGAGGGAGGUCGACGGGACGAAGGCUAUAAUUUCAGACCGGGUGAAGAAGCCGCGUCAUGUGAUUGUGGAGGAGGCCGACAAGACAGAGCGCAAGUCACCUGGGUUCGGUACUUUGUUCCAUCAGGAGCUCGACAACGUGAACAGGGCGCUCAGGUCGAUUUUUAGGAGCUGGACGGAGCUUCCAGCAUUGAUGUGGCUGUUUGUGAAGCAGGAGGCCCGGUACCUGUGGCAGAACUACGUCGGCCUUCCAGUCACGCCACGGCACUGGAAGCUUGCCUGGAGGAAGGCAGGCGGGCCCUCGAUGGACUGGCGGGAUGCAGACGAGCUAUAG